UUCUGCCUGUACUCGUACUGUGCUACUGUCUGUCUGUACUGUAACAGAAACUUCUGUUCCUUUCCUUGUUCAAGUUCAUGUUCAUUCGUGAUUUACUCAUUUUAUCUAACUUAUUUUGUUUCAUGGAUUUCGACUUCGACGGAACGGGUUGUGCCUUUAAUCAAAUUACAUUAUAAAAAAGCUUUUAUCGCGUAAAGUUGAUCUAUUUAUCAGAAAGUAUUAAUUCAACAAACUUCCAUAGUUUUCCGUGAUUAUUUUAGUCAUAUUCAAGUUGUUAUCAAUUAAUUUGCAUUCUCUUAGAAUUUGAAAUAAUUAUCCCAGUUCUAUAAGUACAUUUUAUCUUGUUCAAAAUCUUGCUUUGUUGAAUUCUUUCUGAAUAUUAAACGUCAUUAGAUUGAGGUUACCAUGUCAAACUUCAACGGUAUGGCUUCAUCAAGUGGACAAAUACAGGUAAUCUUCGGCCCUAUGUUCUCGGGCAAAAGCACCGAGCUGAUUCGCCGCAUGAAGCGUUACCGUAACGCUAACUACCGCUGUCUGAUGAUACGUUACGCCAAGGACUCCAGAUACUCUGCAGACAGUGUGUCGACGCACGAUGGACAGCAUCAGAAGGCGAUGUUGGCCACUGAACUGAGUCAGUUCACUAGUUGGUCGGCCGUUGAUGUGAUCGGCAUUGACGAGGGACAGUUUUUUCCCGAUGUGGUAGAAUUCAGCGAGAAAGCGGCCAAUAUGGGCAAGAUUGUUCUAGUGGCAGCCCUGGAUGGCACCUACCAACGCACCGGCUUCAGCAACAUACUCAGCCUCGUUCCGCUCGCCGAGAAGGUCGACAAGCUCACAGCCGUCUGCAUGUCUUGCUUCAAGGAUGCCGCCUUUACGCGCAGGAUUGGCUGCGAGAAGGAGGUGGAACUGAUUGGCGGUGCCGAGAAAUACAUGGCCGUCUGUCGUGACUGCUACCGUUUGGAGCAUAUUGUCAAACAAUCUCCCUGCAAAGAGAUUCUAUCAAGCAACAUCAUGGACGUGGAGAAUAUUCCUCAACGCCGAAACCUAUUUGGCGGCAACUCUCCGAAUAAGAAAGUCAGUUGGUUGUAGAAUUAUUGUGGAAAUUAGUAUUUUAUAUUCCAAAAUGAUCUUAAUCUCAAGUAUGUUUUAUCAAGAUGAAACAGAAAUCAGGUCGGCUGUAAGUAACCGAUAAUUAGUUGGUUAUAACAUUAGAGCUGUGAAACUUUCUAUUCUCUAUUCCAAAAUAAUCGUAAGACGAAACAGAAACAGGAAUAUUUCCUCCCGAAUUAGUUGGUUAUAGAGUUAUAAUCGUAAAACGACGUUUCUAAAAUAAUAUCAAUACAUGUAGAUGAAACCUAGGUUGCCAGUAACUGACCGAAUAAGAAAAUCAGUUGGUUAUAGAGUUUUAUAAUCGUAAAACGACGUUUCUAAAAUAAUAUUAAUACAUGUAGAUGAAACCUAGGUUGCCAGUAACUGACCGAAUAAGAAAAUCAGUUGUUGGUUAUAGAGUUUUAUAAUCGUAAAACUACGUUUCUAAAAUAAUAUUAAUACAUGUAGAUAAAACUUAGGUUGGCAGUAGGCCUAACUGACCGAAUAAGGAAAUCAGUUGGUUAUAGAGUUAGAAUCAUAAAACGAGUAAUUUAAAUUUAAUCUUUAGUAUCUUUAACCUGAAGAUUCGGCAGUUACUAAUCGAAUAAUAAAAUUAUUUGGUUAUUGUCCUUAUAAAAUUAGAACCCUGAAACGACGUACUAAUCUCAAGGAUGUAUUUCAUGAAGAUUUAGAAAUCUUAUUUGUCAUUAGUAGUGAUCAUAUCACAUAGGAUUGUAAAUAAAAAUAUAAAUCUGAGUACCCUUCAAAAUGUCAUUUUCAAGUUUGACUUGAGUAGCCCAAUCAUGUCUAACAAAAUAAUUUGAAAGGAUUCUCAGAUUUAUAUUAAAAGUAGCCCUAAAGAAAAAAGACAUAUAGGAUUGACUUGACUAUUAUGAAAAUAAUGUCAUAGAAUAUUAUGACAGAAUAUUAUAAUCUGUUUAUGGAUGGAAUAAUCCAUUUUAUGGAUUUAGAUAGCUGCUAGGGCCACUUACAUGAAAAUCAACUUGAAUUUAAACACCUUUAAAUAACGUCGUUGCUUUGACAUCAGACUUUUUAAAUUGAUCUUAUUGCAUUGACUUUGUUAGAUUACAUAAUUUUACAGUGGAUAGAUUUGAUCGGAUCUUUGUAUAACAUGCCGCAAUAAUAUACACGUUUUAUAUUACAAUGUGGAUAAUUUUUCUAUUGUAUUUUACAGACUUCUAAAUUUUCAUGAAGUAUGUCCAUUUUCCUGAAGUGAGUCUGAAGUCUGAAAAUCAACUUUGAAAUUAAAUAAAAAUAUCAACUUUUAACGUUGAAGAGUACAUUAUCUUUAU